CUCUGCACACACUCAGCGUUCCCCUGCCCAACGCCUCACACCGACCAGGGGCCCCGGGGUAAGACACCGCAGAGAGCCACAACUACAGCAGGGUCCCAGAAAUGGACUUCACAAUGAACGAGGCCAAGCAGACCCUCAAGGUCCUAGAGCAACAGUGCAAACUCCUGAGACAGCAGCAAGUGACCUUCAUCACCGCCCUGGAGCGCACGCGCGAAAACGCCCACGACAGGAUCAAACCUGUGCAGAAUCUGGCGCAGGUGCAAAGCUACUUAGACUACCACUGUAACAACAGCACCGACAAGAGAAUCCUUUCCCUGUUCCUGGAUGUCUGCAACAAUGUGGCGGAUUUCUGCGUCAAGCUGGAUGCCAUGCAGACUGAGAUGAGGUCCGCAGGGGGCGUCACUGAAGAAACCCUGACCCUGCUCAGUCCAACCAAUGAUCUGUCUGGUCUAAGAGCCAAGUAUCCUCAUGACGCUAUUAAUCACCUCAGUUGUGAUGAAGCCAGGAACUUUUAUGGUGGAGUUGUGAGCCUCAUCCCCAUCGUUCUGGACAAUAUCCGAGAAGCCGUGGCCAGGAUGGAGAAAGUGCAGCCUCAACAUCUGGGAAAGGACGACAGACUAGGCGCCGGUCAGAGGAGCAUACAGUAUAGUCACGUGAAGGCAGGAGGGGGUAGCUUCACACACAACACUGGGGCUCAGACCAAUGUCAGUCACGCAGAUUCAUCUUUUCAGACAUCAAACAAAAAUAAAUACAACAGUCAGUCCUUAAAACCAGCAUGGAGGCCCGCAGGACGCCUCUACACCAGUUAGAUUUCCCUGUAGCCCGUCCCCCACACUCCAUGUAAUAAAUCAUAGGUUGAGCAUCCUUCAGCUUUGGGUACAUCCAUGUUCCUCCAAACGGCACACUACUUUCUCUAUACAAAAUUGUAUUCAUUAUGAUUGCACAGCAGCCUGUAGUGUAAAGAAUGGAGUUUUUUUUUUUUUUACUGUGGUUGUCAUGGCUUGGUCCAGCACCAUGUGUUUCAUCAUACAUGUAAUCCAGCAAAGUGUAUAACAUACAGACAAGGAGAACAUAUACAUACCUAACCGUGGCAACCAGAUAGAAACCCUCCAUGCUUUACACUGCUAAAUGUAAUCUCAAAAAAGUUUAGAACCCAUUUGAGCCCCUCUCAUAGAUUACCACUAUACAGUAUAUUGAUAUAGCCGGUGUGUGCUUCAUAUAUAGAUGUGUGAUAUUCCAAGCAGAUUACAUUAUACAGGACGAUCUGGCCAUAGGAAUGAUUAUUAUUUUUGUGAUAAUUAACUAUAAAUUUUAAAAUCAUUACAAAAACUCAGGUGUGUAAAGCAGGGGAUACAUGGCGACAGGAAAUUGCAAAAACAUUUAUAGAUUUGCAAUCAGAAGAAUUCCAAUGGUGUCUCAUCACAACAGCAAUUUACGGUCGCUAUGCAGGACCGGUCCUGACAAAUCUGUCACCGAUUCCGACGACAGAUUUCUCAUUCUGGUUGUUGAUUAUGUCAUUUUAAGAUUUUACAGAUUUAAUUGGUUGUGAAUCAGAAAGUUAGGCGACUACUCUUAAAGGGGCCACGCGCCAGUAUUACUAUUCCUGGACUUUUCUAAUCAUUUUGUUUAUGAUAUUUACAUAUUUUUGUACUCUUAAAAAUUUUAAUUUUCUAUAUAAAAAAAAAUUAUAAUUUAAGUUGAGCUGGGAAUUGAUCGAUGUACCACAUUUAUACAAUGCGGCCGUGUCUCUACAUGCCACCUUUAGUGCAGUGGCCUCCAUUCCGGGUCUUGCUAAACUACAACUCCCAGGAUGGCCUGUCGGUUUUGAGCUAUCAGGGCAUGCUGGAAGUUGUAGUAUUUGCAAGGAGAAAGAAAAA